GUAACAAUGAGUUGCCUGGUGCCGCUAGGACGUAUUAUUAUUGUUCUUAUAAACAUUUUAUUUCUGAUUCUUGGCCUGGUGUUUCUCGCUAUUGGAUUGAUAUGUUUAGUGGGAGAAAGUUUACUGGAAUCUUAUUAUAAAACUACUUUGGCUACGUUACAAAGUGAAUUGGAGAAAAAUUACUUUGGGACUGUGGAUGUUUCUUCCUUCAAACUCAGUGAUUUGAUUGGUGAAAUAGGGUAUUUUUUUAUUGGUCUAUGCCUCUUUCUUUUGAUCAUUACGAUUCUGGGCUGUUGCGGAGCCUGUUGUAAAGUCAAAUAUACGUUGAUUACUUAUGCAGUCAUCGUCAUCGUUGUUCUCGUCGGAGAACUCAUUUUCGUUGGAAUCCUCUACGGUUCACCAGACACGAUAAAAGAUGAAAUAAAGAAUCCGUUGAAAACGUCUAUUCAGAGCGAUUACAUGGGGUUUAAUGGAACAAAUAUCGUCAGUCUGGGCUGGAAUUUUGCUCAUAGACAGUUUGAAUGUUGUGGAGUGGAUAAUUACUCUGAUUUUACUGGAGCGGUACAAUGGAGCACAAAUUACUACGUUGGUACAAAAGCUUUAGAAGCUCCAAUAACGUGUUGCAUAACAAUUCCACAGGCAUCGACACCAACGUGUGCACUGUCACCACAAGAUAUAUACACUAAGGUUAGCUAUGACGUUUAA